GAGUUGGUUUGGUUUGCUUGCCCCGGGAAACCUCGAAAGCCACCUGGAAAGAAGCUGACUAGUGAGCUGCUCAUCCCUCACCUAACAGGUGUCUCUUUUACCAGGCAUUGGGCUUUCAUUCUCAAAAGCAGCAGCUGGAGCAACAAGCAAGGAUGUUUCCAUUAAAGCUCCCCUGAGACUGCCCUCUCCUGAGAAGAGGGGUACAAUUGAUCCCUACCGUUGAAUCAUAGGUGCUCUGUUUCCUCCAUGCCCACUUGCACUUUUGCACUCUAUGGGCUCAGCUGCCCACAACAAAUGAGAAACCAUCUAAGGCCUUUGGGUCGACUGGAUUAUCCUAGUGGUUCAGGGAGGCCUUUGCUGCCUUUUUGGAGCAACGCAAUGAUAUUCUUGGCUACCUUAUGGAUUUUGCUGGUUUAUCCUGUCACGUGUUUUGCCAAUAGUCAGAAUCCAAACUAUAAUGUGGCAACCAAGAAGGAAAUCAGCUUGGAAGGAGACUUCGUUAUUGGAGGCCUGUUCCCAGUUCAUGAGAAAGGUGGUCCUGCAGAGGAUUGUGGCAAAAUCAAUGAACACCGUGGCAUCCAGCGUCUUGAGGCUAUGCUGUUUGCCCUAGAUGAGAUCAACAAGAACCACCAUAUUCUACCAGGCAUUACCCUAGGGGCACACAUCCUGGAUACCUGCUCCAAAGACACCUAUGCCCUGGAGCAGUCGCUGGAUUUUGUUCGUGCCUCCCUUACCAGAGUGGAUGGCUCUGAGCACAUCUGCCCUGAUGGGUCCUAUGCCAUCCAUGACGAUGUACCUACAGCCAUCACAGGUGUCAUUGGGGGUUCCUACAGUGAUGUCUCAAUCCAGGUGGCCAAUCUCCUACGGCUGUUCCAGAUCCCUCAGAUCAGUUAUGCUUCCACCAGUGCCAAACUGAGUGACAAGUCUCGCUAUGAUUACUUUGCCCGCACUGUCCCACCAGACUUCUACCAGGCCAAAGCUAUGUCUGAGAUCCUGCGGUUCUUCAACUGGACCUACGUCUCCACUGUGGCCUCCGAAGGAGACUAUGGAGAAACAGGCAUUGAAGCGUUUGAACAACAAGCUCGGGCCCGCAACAUCUGCAUUGCCACUUCUGAGAAAGUGGGACGCUCUAUGAACAAGAAGACUUUUGAUGGGGUCAUCAAGGCACUGAUGCAAAAACCCAGUGCAAGAGUGGUCGUGCUAUUCACCCGAAGUGAAGAUGCUCGGGAGCUGCUAGCAGCUGCUCAAAGGAUUAAUGUGUCCUUCACCUGGGUGGCCAGUGAUGGUUGGGGAGCUCUAGAGAGUGUAGUGGGUGGCAGUGAGUCAAUUGCUGAUGGUGCUAUCACUAUUGAACUGGCAUCCUACCCGAUACAGGAAUUUGCUGUGUACUUCCAAAAUCUCAACCUCCACAACAACAGCCGAAAUCCAUGGUUCCAGGAGUUCUGGGAACAUAAGUUCCAGUGUAGUUUCCACAGCAAGAACUGCAGUCACUUCUCCCUGAAGUCAGGGCAGUUUGAGCAGGAAUCCAAGAUCAUGUUUGUGGUCAAUGCAGUCUACGCAAUGGCCCAUGCCCUUCAUAACAUGCACCAAGCGCUCUGCCCCAAUGCCACCAAGCUCUGUGAUUCCAUGAAGCCAGUGAAUGGUAAGAGGUUCUACAAGGAUUUCAUGCUCAACGUAACUUUUGAUGCUCCAUUUCGACCACCACUAGACACCAAAAGUAUGGUUCGAUUUGACCAUUGUGGAGAUGGAAUUGGUCGUUACAAUAUUUUCAACUACCAGAGAGUCAAUGGGAGAUAUCGCUAUCAGAAGGUAGGCUACUGGGCCGAAGGACUCCUUCUGAACACCAGCCUCAUUCCAUGGGUGAAGACCUCCAUUCCUGUCUCCCAGUGCAGUGACCCCUGCAAGAAGAAUGAAAUGAAGAGCAUGCAACCAGGAGACAUGUGCUGUUGGAUAUGUAUCCCAUGCCAGCCAUACGAAUUUCUGCUGGAUGAAUUUACUUGCAGAGAUUGUGGCCUUGGUUAUUGGCCCAAUAUGACUUUAAAUGGAUGCUAUGAGCUACCCCAAGAGUAUAUUCACUGGAAGGAUAUCUGGGCUAUUGGGCCAGUCACAAUUUCUUGCCUUGGUUUCAUGUCCACUCUGUUUGUUUUGGCGUUUUUUGUUAGGAAUAAUGACACUCCCAUUGUGAAAGCAUCAGGCCGAGAACUAUGCUACAUCCUGCUGACUGGAGUGUUGAUGUGCUACAGCAUGACAUUUAUCUUCAUUGCCAAGCCUUCCACUGUGGUCUGUACUCUGCGGCGCCUAGGGUUGGGCACCUCCUUUGCGGUCUGCUACUCUGCCCUCUUGACCAAGACCAACCGUAUUGCACGGAUUUUCAGUGGAGUCAAAGAAGGCGUGCAGCGUCCACGGUUCAUAAGCCCCACCUCCCAAGUGGUCAUCUGCCUGGCUCUUAUUUCAUGCCAGCUCGUUAUUGUCAUUAUCUGGCUCAUGGUGGAGAUUCCAGGCACACGAAAGGAGACUGAGCCUGACAAAAGGUAUAUUGUCAUCCUCAAAUGCAACAACCGAGACUCCAGCAUGCUAAUUUCACUCACCUACAAUGUCCUCUUGAUCGUGUUGUGUACAGUCUAUGCUUUCAAGACCAGGAAAUGUCCAGAAAACUUCAACGAGGCCAAGUUCAUUGGAUUCACCAUGUAUACCACAUGCAUCAUUUGGCUAGCCUUCCUGCCCAUCUUCUAUGUUACCUCCAGCGAUUACCGCGUUCAAACCACGACGAUGUGCAUCUCAGUUAGCCUAAGUGGCACAGUAGUUCUUGGCUGCCUCUUUACUCCCAAGCUGCAUAUCAUUCUGUUCCAGCCCCAGAAAAAUGUAGUCAGUCAUCGUGUUUCCACCAACCGAUUCAGUGUGACAGCUGCAGGCUCCAGCCACUCGCAGGGGUCAACUUCUCAAUAUGUCCCAACAGUUUGCAAUGGCCGCGAAGUGGUGGAUUCUACAACCUCAUCCUUGUGAACACUUGUGCUCGGUGACCAUGAGUAUUUGUAGCUGUUGUGCUCAUCUCCUACAAACAAAAGCCUUUUUUUUGUUUCUUACUGGGCCUUUUCUUUCCUUAAAAGAUAACAACAGCAACUAGUUUCCAAGUUCAUCUGUUGGACAAACUUUUUUCAAGGCAAAGGAAUAGGGGCACAAGAAAUGAGAUCAAAGCUUUAUCCUCAAAGACAAAGACCAGUGCAGAGAGGCAGGAGUAUUUCAGCACAGUUUGGGACAGGUUUUGUUUUUUUUAAAGUAAUCCAGUGGCUCCAUAUUGUAGGACACAUAAAGGACUGGUUGAAAUGUACAAUUUUGGCCACAAGACAGUGAUCUAAACUAACAUUUUCAGUUUGUAUUAAUUUUCAUAUUUCUUUCUGUUAGACUUCAAAUUAUGAAGAAACCAAGGAAAAUUUGGUACAGUGCAAGAGGUGAAAGAGAAUCUUAUAUUUAAAAACCUGGAGAUUCAGGCACCUUAAUUGCAUUGAAACAAAUUGUUAUAUUCUUCUGUUUGUUUUACAAACUUAGCACUCAGUGAGAGCUUUCUUUGAUAAACAAAUUUAUGACAUAAUCUAAGAAGGAAAGUAAAUGCACAAAUGGAAUUUAAUAUACAGAGCUGGUCAAAACCAGGAAGAAAAACACUGAAAUUGUGAUAUUUUAAUAACAAUACAGAAGAUGCACAUUGAAAUCUUCUUUGAUGGUUGGUAAUACUGUUGGCAAUAAUAGCGGAAUAAGCAAAGGACUACUUGUAUAGACUUACACUAUGAAAACGUUCAUGAUGAUUCAGGACUAUAGACAUUUAUUCAGAGGGGAUUCUAAUCUCCAGACCUUCCUCCGUUGUAUGAAGAGGAAGAAGACCUUGAUCUUCUUACUUGAAUUAUACAGUAGUUAAAUAUUGAGAGAUAUAGUGCCAAUAUAAGUCCAAUAGUUUAUUUGUGUCCUAAUAAUCCACAGGAAUUCAGUUAUGGGGAAAUGUAAGAUCUUAAGCAAGCAAGAGUUUAUACAAGCUACUUAGUGAGAGAAAAACAAUGGACAAAAUGUCACUACACCCAGAUGGAAAAAAUGAGAACAUUCUUCUAUCAUGGAAAAUAUUUCUUCUGCUUGCCUUCGAUGCUAAAGUUUCACAAAAAAACUGUUGGCUGCCUUCUGGGCCGUUGCUAUUCCACAGCUAUCAGCUAAAGUUCUUUGCUCUUAGAACCAGGAUGGCAAUCAUUUUUGUUGGUUUCUAAAGGGAUGCACAGACCUUCUGAUAUCCAAAGGAAGAGUCAACAAGUGAGAAAGGAACUUUAGUACUUGUUUUGGGCCAGGAACAGAUCUGGGGGAAAAGUCAAACUUCUCUUUCGGAAGACUCUUGAACCCUUGUCUAUAUGUAGCUUGCUCUUGGCAACAGCUCUAUUAUAGCACAAUUUUUUCUUCUUUUAAGCUGCCCGUGUUGCCAGUGAGCUAAAUUAGUUAAUAGCACAUUUUCCUCUAUGGAAAACCCUGCCCAGCCUCCAUCUGUCUUCUAUGCUUUCAUCACUAUAUCCCUGCUCGUAAAGUUGCCUUUUCAAAUCUGUCAGAUGCAUCAAGGGACAAUACUAUGUGAGUAGUGAGAAACUGGUGCUCCAGUUAGUGUCACUCUUUGGAGAAUCUGCCAGUAUCUAUCAUUCUUAAGCACCAAAAGGCUUCCUUGAAAGAGCAACUGGGCCACCAAACACCAUCUCAAACUCUUCCUAACUAUAAGGGGGUGGGGAGUUCAUCUCUCAAAGGUUCCAUUCGUCGUCUCUGGGCAAAUUUAUCUACUAUAGAAAUGCUGCUGAAGGGUUUGAAGGGAAAUCCUUUACGCCUAAGUAUAUAUGGUGCUGAAUAUUUUGGUGCAAACCACUUCAUCAGUUACAAUUGACACCAAGACCCAUCUGUGACUGGCUGUUGAGUUAGCAUAGUACGUUAGAUUAAAAAUAUAUUUUGCUAAUUUAUGCCUCGGUGUUUUGUACAAAGCCAAUUGAUUAGAGAGUUUUGUUAACCAUAGUUGGUAUCUUUGUGCAAGCAUAGCCAUGAUUUCUUCUAAGCUGCUAUGACUGGCUGUACAGUUGGUUAAUGGACACAUUUUACACCUUACUGCCUAUGAAAGGCACUAAAUCCUGCAUCACGGCUUGUGAAACCUUCUAAAGCUCACAGUCAACAACAGGAAAAGCUUUGGGCAAAGUUGGAGGUUGAGGCAAAACGUCCUCAACAAACUUUCAUUGAGGGCAGGACAAAGGAAAGAGUGGUUGUUCAUAAGUGGGAUGUUUGUUGGUUUGAGUGAGAGAGAAAAAGAAGCCUUUGUUCAGGCAACUGUUUACAGGGAAGAAAUCUGAACUGUGAAAAACAGGGUGAGGUGGGCUGGUGACGGUCUUCAGUGCUUCUGGCAAAAUUACAAUACAAAUGAAAUUCUUUGUUAGAUUGGAAAAUACAGUCUGUGCUCAUCCAGAUUUUGAGGAACUCUUGGGCACAUGGAAAACUUUCAUCAAACUUUCCAGAGUGGAUAAAGAUCGUAUUGUUAGCAGCUGAAGCAAGAUUUAAAUAUUUCUUGCACAAGAAUAGAAAUCUAGCACCUGUGCUAUAUCAAAGGGAUAAAUUAAUUUGUGGCUUUUCUGAGAAAGCUUGUGAAUGUGCCAAAUCCAAAUGAAAUCACAAUGGCAGUACAAUUUCCUACAUUUCUUUGGGUGAGGGUGAAUUGGAGGCUUCUGCCCCCUCAGUAUCUAUGGUUUUGACUUGGGCUUCUUUAAUAAGAUUUAAAGAAUUAAAUAUCAGAAUGCUUGCUCUGUUUUAAGAUAAUAUUUACUCUCAUCCUAAAGUAACACAAAGAAAGAAGCUAUUUUCUCACUUUGUGUGCUUUUGUGGUUUUAUUCCCCACCUCUGUUAAUUCUGAUGCUUGACAAUCAUUUGGGAUGAAGCUUAUGUUUGUGAAACGUUUGAACAUCCAUUUCCUGGCAGCUGAAGAAAAUGAAUUCUUGUAUUUCUCUAUCUCACUAAAAAAAAUAAUGCUAUUAUGUCAGUAUGUUCUUAAGUUUGUUCAGAACAAGAGUAAAGUGUAUCAAAGGAAUGUGGAAAGAAUUUGAGGACUUAGCCACGAGGGAAGCUAACAUAAAUGUCAAAAGCACAAUUUUACUUCUCUAAAGCAAUUCUAUUUAUAAAACCACCAUACUUAUUGUAUACCACAAGACUACUAGAACCAGUAGCAAUUAUUAAUGUAAGCCUUACUCAUGGUCUGGAAUGAGCAGUUCUCCCUGCAGCUCACGGGUGGAGUGAGGUAGGGAGGUAGAACUACCUCACAACCAGGAAGACUAAUUUUUCCAAUAUCAUUUUAAAAAGCACAUGCUUUGAAUUUUAAACCGAUUCAAAAACUGAACUGUAUUUUCCAUUUCUCAAAUAUUCCUCAUGUGAACUGCCUGUGGGGAUCUGUCUGAAGAAUGGCCACAAAAAUGAUGAAAACAACUUCUUGGAUAUCUAAAAGUAUAUUUAGGUUGAAAUAUUUUUCAGCAUUAUCAAUGUCAGUGUUUGAACUAGGCAAUACAGGGAUGAAUUAUCAUUGUUGGGGCUUAGGUGGUUCUAAUGCCUCUUUUUCUUUGAUCAGCUACACAGAUAGUAUACCAGUACUAGAUUUUCUCUGCAAGUAAAUGAUGCUGUGAAGCAUUUCUACUAUCACAGGGAUCUGCUUCACCUGCCAGUCGGUGACAGCAACAAGCCUGAACUUUGUUAGGUGCUGCUCAGCAUGAUGUAAUACAAGCAGACAUUUUCCCCUUUUUGAAAAAAUGGGGUUGCCAAGGGUUAAUUAAUGCCUUAGAACUGCUACUUGGGUACUCUUAUUUCUGAUUCAGUGGGAGGCAUGUCAGGACUGUCUCCUUCAGCUGGAACCAAACUGUGCAGGCAACUCCAGAUUCACUGAAACAAGCAAGGGGGAAAGAACUAUAAUUCUGGAUAUAUCUGGUUCUCUUUUAUAGGACUCUCUUCUGGAACAAACUGGAGCAAGUCCAGAAGAGGGUUGCCAAGUUGGUGACUGGUCUGAAAACCAACCCUAGGAAAAAUAAUUAAAGGAUUUUUGUAGUAAGAAAGAAAGAUAAUUUUGACAAGCUAGGCCAGAGCCAUUAGCAAAGUGGCAAGGGGAAAAAAACAUGAUUUAAGUCAAAAGCCAGAAGGAGGUACUGUAUGUGUCAGCAACUUAGGCAGACCCUUUCCUAGUUCACAUGAGUAUAAGGGGUGGGAUGAUACAGCAGUUAGACUUGCAAAAUUCUGUUACUAUAGCCAAUAUUAAUAAAAGUAGUUUAGGCCUUUUUGUGGAAUUGAUUUCUUGGUUUGAUCUACAGAGAGUGGCUGACAAUCUGAUAUUUAUAGCAAAGAAGACUGGGAGGAGGUAGCUGUCUUCAAAUAGCUGAAGAGUUCUCACUCUUCCACUCUUCCAGGAGCAGAAUCAGUGGAAUAAACUACAAAGGAAAUAGGUUCAGGCUAAAUACUGGGGGGAAUUGCCUGGUGUUGCAACCUUUAGCCAAUGGAACAAUCUGCCUAAUGAAGUGAUGAGUUCUCUUUCACUGAAGAUGAAACCAACUUCAUGGUCCUCUGUCAGAGUAGGGCAUCCUGUCCUGAGCAGAGUCGGACUAAGUAACAUCUGAAGUUCCUUUCAACCAGACUGUUCUGUAAUAUCAAUCCACGUACAUGAACCCAUUGCAAGAAAUAUUGGCAGUUGUUACACAAGGAAUAUAGCUGCGCUUUAUAGAAUCAAUUCUUCUAGAACUGGGUACUUCCGUAUUUCUCAAUGGAGAAAAACAUUCCCCUUAGCCUGAUCUCUAACCAAUCAUAUUAAAACUAUUGAUUAGAAAUAGAGGCUUCUAUGAUUAUGAAAGAAAAAGAACAAAACAGAAGGUUACCAGUGUUCUCGAGUGAUUAAAUAAUCUGGGGAAGAUUGAUACUGAAGAAUCUAAAGGAAAGUUUCAUUUGAGUCAUAACCAGUACAGCAGUUUAGUGGUGUUACUGAUACUAAUGGAUGGCAUCUUCCUUUUUGCCCUUUUAAAGUUGAGUCUCUCGCAUACAGAACUUGGCUCAAAAGGACUAGAUGGACAUGUCCAUGUUGGUUUAUUGGCUUGUCUUUGCCUUCUUUUGCCAUAGUGUCUCUAUUUCUCAAUCUACUCUAUGGCUCUGGUACCCUGAUCCUCUCCCAACCAAAAGCUAACCUGGUCUGACACAGCUUAACUUUUUCAAGAACAGACAAGUUUAGCUAUGUGUUGUACGUGCUGUGACUGUGAACUUGUGUCUUUAAUGUAAGCCAAAAUAUCCAUUAUUAUAAUGGAAAAACUAAACAUUACUAAAUUAAGUGAACAUUUUUCAUAUUUCAACAUGCUAGGAAAAUUGUGUUUCCUGGAUUUGGGAAAUACCAUAUUCCUGGUAAAUACAUAUGAAAAAAGGCAAGAAAGCCAAACCAAGAUAACAUGGAAAUCUGAAUGAAAAUAUCUAAACUAGUACCCAUAAUUGGAAAAACUACUCCAACUGUGACAUUUACCUGAAAACCUGACAAGAUAAACACGCCAGCCUGGGAGAAGAAAAAAAAAUGGCUGUCAAUGUCCUUUAGCAUCAUAGCAUGAUUCAACUAGAUAUUAUAAUCUGAAGGGUAAGGCCUGUAGUUUUAGUAAAUAGAGAAAGUAGAAUAGCUUUAACUGUGUACUGCAAAUCUGUUUGGAAGUUUCAGAACUUAGCUGAAGGACUCCUACUUUUCCAUCAAUUUAUAAUUCUCUAUUUCAGCUGAACACUAUUUUGAAUUCAGUAAAAGGGAGUAAAAUGUGUGAGAAAACCCCUAAGAUGCUAAUUCCUCAAUGACAGCCAGGGUAAAGUCUGGUCCUGCUGCAAUAUAGUUGUAUUAUUACUUGUAUCGGUAAAUGCAGAAGAAAUGUGAAUUUUGGUAUUUAGCAAUUUUCACCUGAAAGAUGCUACAUUGGGGGUAGAACAAUAAUUGAACCAUCAUCAGGGACAACUUGUUGUAAUCAACCCUUGACCUAGAUAGCAACUGAUUACCCUGAGCCAAACUUAGUCUCGGAGUUUAAUUUGCAAGAUAGCAUGAAUAUAAAAAAUGGAACAGGGCACGUAGGAUAUAUCUCCCUUGUGGAAGAUAUCUAAAGUAAACAUUUCUGAUAAAAUAUACAAGUCUGAAACUAUGCCAUUCAAACCAAUCACAUCUGCAGUUUAUCAAAUUUUAAUUUCUCCCUUCCACAAGGGAGAUACUGU